GAAAAUUGACUUUUCUGUUGACCAACAACUACAGGAGGAGUUAACCUGCAGCAAAAUGGUUAAUCUUCACUGGUGUGAGUCACAGGCUUCAAAGUGCUGCCUCACAAGCUCCUCUCAGCCAGUCUGGAGUGCACUUUUCCCAAACGGAGCAAAACUUUUGCACCAGGGAUGAAACUGUCUGUAGUGUCCAAGAAGCUGUGGUGCGUCCACAAGCAGCUGCUCCUCCUGCUCGCUCCUCUCGUCUUUCUGCCUUUGCUUUUUACUCUGCCAGAAAAGGAAGGAAAAUGCCUUUACGUGGUGCUUCUUAUGGCUACAUUCUGGUGUACAGAGGCCCUGCCUCUGGCGGUUACAGCAAUGCUUCCAGUCUGCCUCUUCCCAACUCUUGGAAUCCUUCCAGCCAAAAAAGUCUGCCCUCAGUACUUCAUUGAAACCAACUUCCUCUUCCUCAGUGGUCUGGUGAUGGCCUCGUCCAUCGAGGAGUGGGGUCUGCACCAGAGAAUAGCUCUGAAAGUCCUCAGCAUUGUUGGAGUGAAACCAGCCUGGCUCAUCUUGGGGAUGAUGUUGACCUCAUCCUUCCUUUCCAUGUGGCUUAGCAACACAGCCACCACGGCCAUGAUGCUGCCCAUCGCUAAUGCCAUUCUGGAGAGCCUGUUUGGUGACCUGGAGACCCUCAAACAAAAGUGUCAAUCACCGGAGGAUCCAGAGAGCGCUUUGAUUAAUGGUCAGUCCUCCAUGAAGCUGCAUUCACUGCCAUCCGUACCCUCUGAAAAACAGAUACUGUCAAUGGACGGGCCGGAUGUCCUGGAGCAGACGGACCUGAGGACAGCUGAGGAGACCAGAUCGGAGGCUCAGUAUCAGAUGAAAGUGUGGAAGGGAUUUCUGAUCUGCAUCCCCUACGCGGCCAGCAUUGGAGGAACCGCCACACUGACGGGAACUGCUCCGAACCUCAUUCUGAUUGGACAACUGAAAAGUUAUUUCCCAGACUGCGACCUCAUCAACUUUGGCUCGUGGUUUGCAUUCGCCUUCCCGCUCAUGCUUCUCUUCCUGUUUUUGGGCUGGCUUUGGAUUGCUUUUCUCUACGGGGGCUUAAAUUCAAGGUUGUGCUUCAAAAAGCAUGACAGCAGGGCGCAGGCAGAGGCCAAAGCCCAGGCUCUAAUAAUUGAAGAUUACAGAAAACUUGGGCCCAUAAACUUUGCAGAAGGAGCCAUCGCUUUCUUUUUUGUGUUAUUUGCUGUCCUGCUGUUCACGAGGGAUCCCAAGUUUGUCACCGGUUGGUCUGUGUUUUUUAAAAAAGGGUACGUCUCAGACGCCGUCACUGGCGUGAUCAUCGUCUCCAUACUGUUCUUCUUCCCUUCGCAGAAACCUUCUCUGAGAUGGUGGUUCGACCCACAAGCUGCAAACACUCCUUAUGUUCCCCUUCUUUCGUGGAAAAAAGCCCAGGAUUCAGUUCCCUGGAAUAUCAUAAUGCUCCUAGGCGGAGGGUUUGCCAUGGCCAAAGCUUGUGAGGAGUCCGGUCUGGCCUCCUGGAUCGGAGCCCACCUCCAGCCGUUGGCUGAAGUCCCUCCUGCUGCAGCUGUGAUGCUGAUCACAGCUUUUCUGGCCUGUUUCACCGAGUUUGCCAGCAACACUGCGACAAUUAUCAUAUUUCUGCCGGUCAUUGCUGAACUGGCAAUGCGUGUUUCUGUGAACCCUCUGUACUUCAUGAUACCCGCGACGGUUGGAUGCUCAUACGCGUUUAUGCUCCCGGUCUCCACACCUCCAAACUCCAUAGCCUUUGCAUCCGGACAUCUCAUGGUCAAAGACAUGGUAAAAACUGGCUUCGUCAUGAACAUCCUGGGCAUCCUCUCCGUCUCUUUGGCGAUGAACACGUGGGGCGUCGCCAUGUUCAACUUGCACAGUUACCCAGAAUGGGCUCACCCUAUAAACCACACUGCUGCUAUUGCUCUUGUACCCCUUUCAUCUGUGCCGCCGCUCAAUGCUACACUCUGACUGCACUCCUUUUAGUGGAAAGCACAUUGGUGUAUGAGAUUUAGAAUAUCCAUCAUUCGACAGCAACGAAGGUCUGAAUUUGUCCCAAAGCUCCAAGAGCUUCCGCCGGUACUGGAAAAAAACAAAAGAUUCCAUCAUAAAUGUUCAUGCUGUUACCGUUUUGGUCAAUCCAAGUGUUUCAGAAAUGCUUUGGGGACGAUAUUUGCUUUUUUAUUCCUGAUCUUCAAUUUGAAUUGAAAGUUUGUUUAAAAAAUCCAUUUAGUUUCAGUUUGGUGUCACUUUUGUUACUUCAAGGCUGACCUCUGCUGGGAGGACAAGAGGAACUUCUGUGAAUAACUAUAAAUACACUUCUGGAUCAAACUAGCAAUAAUAAAACCUGUUUAUUAAUUGUAAAUGACAUAUGAUAAAGCCUUUACACUGAUAUCUGAUAGAAACAAAAGCUGAAAUCUUCCUUUUAAUAUGAGAAUGUUGCUAUACAGUGGUCGACAGGUUUUGCAAUUACUGUAAUAAACUGAUUUGAAUUGUGAAAUUA